UAGAACGAGCGCCGGAAUGGCGACCACCCUGAGACCUCUCGACCCCAAACUGGCCGCUUUGGCCAAGAGCGAGUGCAACGAGGAACCCGCUCAGCGCGCUGAGAUCGUGGCCACCAUCCAGACAUGGAUUACCAAGUCACCGCACCUCAAGGCACCCACGGAUGAGCAGUUGAUCCUGGCCUUCCUGCGACGGUGUCGCUUUAGCCAGGAGGAGACCAAGAGGCGGUUUGAUAACUAUUACUCCUUGAAGAAUGUGUUCCCGGAGGUGCUGGGCUCCCGGCAGGUGGACGAUGCCUUGCUGACCCAGCUCCAAAGAGGAAUCCAUGUGAUCCCCACACGUCCAGUUAGUGCCGAAGGACCGCGGGUCAUCAUCUCCCAGUUUCGGAACAUAGAUCCCAAAAAAUCGAAUCCCCGCGAGGCCUUCAAGCUGGUCUUCAUCAUGCUGGAACUUCUGGCUUUGGAAUGUGAUAAUGCCUCAAUCUCGGGUCUGGUCUGGGUUGUAGAUUGCCGGGAUGUGACCAUGGAGCAAAUGAUGCAAUAUGAUCCAUUUCUGUUAAAGAAAUCCUUUGCUUUGGUGGAGCAGUGUAUGCCCCUGCGAUUUGCAGAGAUUCACUUGAUUAAUAUAAGGAAAGAGGGACUGGCCAUCUUUAGUUUUGUGACCAAGUUUCUGCCAUCCAAAUUGCCAUUUAAGUUCAUGGUGCACAAAAAGUCCGAGGACCUGUACCAACACCUGCCCCGAGAUGCCAUGACCAUUGAGUAUGGUGGCACCAAUGGUUAUCAGGCAGAGUCCGUGGAUUAUUGGCGCCAAAAGCUUUUGGAGAAAAAGGAAUACCUGGCCAAGGAUGCCCAGUAUGGAACCAAUGAGAAGCUACGUGUGGGAUUGGCCAGUGCCUGGGCCAAUGGAGAGCUGGACGGGAUGAGUGGUUCCUUCCGCAAACUGGAACUGGACUAAAAGGCUUCCCUUCCUGUGUUGUUGUGUAU